GCUGUGAACAUGGAGAAAGUGGUCGUGCUUUGUCUGCUGUUGGUGGAGCUCAGCUCUUCUGUUACUCAAGAAACACAGAUAUACUUCAAAGAGGGCAACAGUCUGACGUUGGACUUGAGGUCUUUUCCUUCCAAAAGUAUCACCAGCAUCCUCUGGACGUGUAACGGUGAUUUGCUGGUAGAUUGUUGUGAAAGUAUGUAUUACCUCACAUACAAAGGAACAGCCACCCUGGAUAUACACACCGGACGUUUGAUGAUCAAGAACAUGACCAAAGCUGACGAGGGUGUUUAUUCAGUGGAGAUUAACAACAAGGUCCAAGGUGAGACAUAUACAGCUGUAAUGAUCAAACACGUUCCCAAGCCGCAAGUGAGGGUCUCCCCUCUGACAUGCAGAGGCCCUUGUAAGCUGACCUGUGAGGGGGACACCACCGGGGCCGGACCUGUCACCUACAGCUGGAAGACGGGGGACGGAGAGUGGAAGGAGUUGCAGAAGGACAUCAUGGAGGAAGAGCAUGGACACGUGCAAACCUUCACCUGCAGGAUGAAGAACCCAUUAAGUGAGGAAGAAAGCCCUGCCCGCACGAUUCUCUUCCUACCAGGAAAACCAGCUGACUCUGGACUCUGGAUCAAAGUGUUAGGGGCUGUGAUCAAAUCCCUGGCUGUCCUCGCCCUGCUGGGGGCCAUGGUGUAUGCGUUGUGGAGGAACCAAGAGACUCUCAGGGAACUGCUGUCUCCAUGCCAGAGCAAGAAUAGUGAUUAUGUAAAUGAAGCUUAAAGACGAUGUUCACUUUGAGCAUUGAUAAAGCAAGUCAUUGAACAUUGAACUUAAUCUUCCCUGAAGCCUUUGUCAUUUGAAUAGAGAUUUGUUCAAGUCAGGUCUGCUUUGAUAUGGUGUUUCUGAUAUUUCCCCCUGCAUUCUAUGCAUGGACAUCAUCCUUUAUACCCUGAGACGGAGGGGGUACAGACAGAUAAAGGCAACAUGCAAUCAGCUUAUGGUGGAAAUGUUCCUGACCUAGUUUUUAAAGCAUUAUAGAAAUCAAAUCAAACAUGAAAGUAAAUGCAAUUAUGGUUGUGAAGUCUUAAAGUCAAAUAUGUUAUAACAUACUGUUUAUCUUCUACUUGUUUUGACUUUUGACUUUUGACUUGACCAGGAACGCAGAUGAAAUAAAUGCAAUGUUGGUUAAAACAAAAACAACACAUGUGUAAAAUAAAAGGUUAUUACAUUC